CUUGGGUGGGGGGGUGGUUCCAUCAUGGCGUCAAUGCAGAAACGACUACAGAAAGAACUGUUGGCUUUACAAAAUGACCCACCUCCUGGGAUGACUUUAAAUGAAAAGAGUGUUCAAAAUUCAAUUACACAGUGGAUCGUAGAUAUGGAAGGUGCACCAGGUACCUUAUAUGAAGGAGAAAAAUUUCAGCUUCUAUUUAAGUUUAGUAGUCGAUAUCCUUUUGACUCUCCUCAGGUCAUGUUUACUGGUGAAAAUAUUCCUGUUCAUCCUCAUGUUUAUAGCAAUGGUCAUAUCUGUUUAUCCAUUCUAACAGAAGACUGGUCCCCAGCGCUCUCAGUCCAAUCAGUUUGUCUUAGCAUUAUUAGCAUGCUUUCCAGCUGCAAAGAAAAGAGGCGACCACCAGAUAAUUCUUUUUAUGUUCGAACAUGUAACAAGAAUCCAAAGAAAACAAAAUGGUGGUAUCAUGAUGAUACUUGUUGAUGCCACUAUUAUCAUCCUCCUAGCAGAAGAUAGUCCUACUGAGAAAAUGAGCACUUUGAUCAUUCAGUCUUUGAACUUUAACCUUUGACUGGAAGUGACCUAUAGGCAAUGAAGACUACUUCCUUUUACUGCAUUUUUACUCGUGUGCAUUCUGGGCGCAUGUUGAUCGCUGGUUCAGUCCAGGCAACUGACAUGCUUUUAUUAGUCAUACAGUAUUAAUGCAGGUGUCAGGAAAUGUCAAAUAUAAUUCCAUUUUUUUAUUUUUAUUUUUUUAAGCUUUUGGAAAAGUUCCAGGUCCUCACGUAUUGUGCAAUAACAAUGACUUCCUUGGCGGUUUUGGAACGUUCAUUGCCGGCAAUGGACGUAAUAGGAAAAGUUUUCAUUAACUCCUGCCACCAAAUGAUUAAUGCAUGAUAGGGCCUAUGAAAUGAACUUAUCGGGUAUAAUGGGAUUAUUAAUAAAGUGAGGGAUCCAACAUUACUUUGAAAGUCACCCUAGCUGUUUAUAUUUGGAUUCUAUGCACUGUGAUCCUAAGGUUAACAGCAUGACUUAACAUGCGUCUUUAAAGGACUGUAAUGAAAGAUCAUUGCGUAUUUAUUGAACUGUUUAUAUCUGCUGUCAGAUUGUUUUGACAUGGAAGGUUUUCAAGUAACAUUGGCAGAGAGGUACAAUAUGUUAUCCCUAUGGUGAAAAUAAACUCAUUUGUUGUAUAUAGUUCCUCAAUCUCUGAAGUAAAGGUAUGAGUAAUAUAGGGUAUGAACGGUUUAAUCAAGGCUUUUUGGGGGGAGUAAGAAAAAUGGCAAUGAUGACUGAAUUGCUGCAGUCCGUAAUUUGGGCUUGUUAUUUAUACAUUGAAGAUUUUUCCAAGUAGAUUACACGCUGUUACUUCCUGCUAGCCAUCAGCAUGAGCCCUGCUGCCUAAACACUAUUUCACUUAUUUAUGUUUGAAAAAUCCAUAAACAUUUUUGUUUGCAAUCUUGUUUUCUUUUAUUGUUCCAAGUCAAGUUUGAAUGUUACAAUACUUUUAAGUGAAAAACUUUUGUCAAGUUUUUUUCUUGUAAAUUUUCUUUACUUGUAUCAUCUUGUCCUUCAAUCCUGUACCUUAAAAUAAGAAAUACAUUUUUGACAGAGGCUUAAUGUUUUAACAAAAGAGUGUGGACAUUUUUAUUUUAAAAUUUAGGCAGAAGUACACUAUAAAUUUGUAUGUUUGCUUAUUUGUCUCACACAACCAUAUAGUUUUUCUGGGUGGGAUUUGUUUUGCUUAGUUUUCUUGUUUAAAAGACUUUGCUUGUAGCUAGAUAAAAUUUUUCUAUAGAAAAAAUAAUUGUUGGAAGGUCCAAUUCUCAGUACCAUGUAAAUGUUAACUGCAGCUAGGUUCUCUUUUUAAAAAGCAAUUAAUGUAUUUUAUAAAU